GGCUCACACCAGCGUUCGGCUCAGGUCUCAGCGGUCACAAGUACCGUGGCAUCCCCUCCCGCAGUACACCGCUGCCGCCACUACACACGUGGGCAGCCCGCUCUCUCGAGAUGUCGUUCCCCACCCUGCUUUCGUGCGCGGGCAGCCAGGCGCGCCACGCGAGCUCCCCGGACGCGAAGGGCGCCGCCGGCGCGGAGGAGAGCCUCCGGACCUCCGACGGGGAGGCGCCGCUGCUGAUCCACUUCGACGUGAACAAGACGAUCCUGCAGACCGACAGCAUCCAGCUGAAGGACGCCGAGGACGGCGUCCGCGAGGGCAUCGCCGAGCUCUUCUGGGGCAGCGUCAGGACGGACGGCGACAAGGCGAUGUGGGAGUGGACGCGCAGCAAGCCUUCCUGCCUUCCUCCGACGGACGACAUCCGUACGGCCGGUGAUUCCCUGGUGAACUACGCGCAGUUCUGCAAGUCCACCAUAAAGGAUAAGGCGGCCAGGAAGGAGGCGGUGAAGACCUUCAGCCUCGUCGACGCAAUCGCCAAGCAGGAGAUGAACAAGCAGCUGCAGCUCGCCAUGAAGAAGAUGCAGCUGCCCCCUGAGUUCCGCGGGUCCCCACAAGUGGAGGCCGCUGGGGUCAAGGGCAUGACGUACAACGCGUUCCCCUCCUUGUUCCACCUCGUCGCCAACCUCCAAAGGUCGCGGCGCAGCUUCGCCAUCCUCUUCCGAUCUUUCGGCGUGGACCACGAGAAGGUGCAGGCCGAGUGGAACGCUUUCUGCGAGCUGCGGCAUCCGAUCUUCUCCAGGCUCAUCGAGGACUGCUCUCUCCAGGCCUCUUGCGUCGCGGAAAGACCGCGGCGGACGUUUUGUUCGCGGUCUGGGUGUCUGGAGGAGGAGGAGGAGAAGGACAGAUGA